AUGUCUACCACUACGACCCCCAACGACUCUCCCAUCCAGACUCCCAUUCAGCCACUGCACAACCCUUCCCAGGCAGCGCACCUCGUCGUACCACAGGCGCCCCUUGGAAACACCGCGAAGGGGCUAGCAAGUCAAGCGCCUGGAAUGGGCGCGAAGGCGUUGCUGGCGAAGAAGAUGGCCAAGGGACACAACCCAGCAUAUGUGUCGCCGACGGACAACUUGAUGACACCGUGUAGCCAGAAGCUGAAUGCUGCAAAGAAGAAGCAUUUCACGAAGGGUGCAAAGCCUAUGCAGUCGCUGUUCGCACAGAAGGAGGCGUCGGGAUCUGACUCGGAGGAUUCAGCUGACGAGCGCAAGGCAUCACCCAAAGUCAGCAAGAUGGACGAGGAUGAGAACCCGUUCUAG